UGCACGGUUAUUUUUUCCUGUGUUAUGGGUGUUUUCUAUGUAUUUAAGUAUGUAUAAAUAUUUAUAUAUUGUAUAUAUCGCUGUCUAAGUACCCACAAAACAAGCCUUAUUGAGCUUACUGUGGGACUUAAGUCAAUUUGUGUAAUAAUGUCCUAUAAUAUUUAUUUAUUUAUGAGUUAAGCCCAAUUUCGCCAAAAAAACAUUUUGAUUCUUUGUUUUUUUUUUAUGUAUUUGUAAAAUAAUAUUAUGUUAUUUGUAAUUUGUCACUUAUAUUUCUUUUUUUUUCGUAAAACGGAGUUUUUCAAAGUGUUAUUUUUUGACGACCAGUUUGGCCUAGUGGGUAGUGACCCUGCCUACGAAGCCGAUGGUCCCGGGUUCAAAUCCUGGUAAGGGCAUGUAUUCGUGUGAUGAGCAUGGAUAUUUGUUCCUGAGUCAUGGGUGUUUUCUAUGUAUUUAAGUAUUUAUAAAUAUUUAUAUAUUAUAUAUAUCGUUGUCUAAGUACCCUCAACACAAGUCUUAUUGAGCUUACUGUGGGACUUAGUCGAUUUGUGUAAUAAUGUCCUAUAAUAUUUAUUUAUUUUUUUAUUAUUUUUUUAUUUAUUUGUCACUGUUUUACAUCUAUCAAUGAUGAUAUAUUAUAGCAACAUUAAAAUGCGUUUAGCACUAAGUUUUUUUUUCAAUUGCCAUUAACUCUGAAACAAGGCGAAUUCCAGAAAAGUUAAAAGGGCAUAUUAGGCAUUAAAUAUGAUCAGUAAUUAAAAAAAAAAAUAUUAAAAUCAUUCGGGUUCCUCGUAAAACACCGUGUAUAUUGCCAAGUGUUUAGAAAAAAGAUUACUCUGUUCAUUCUAUUAAUAUUCAACUACUUAUUCUUCAGGUAAAAACAAACACAGUUGUAAAAUAUGCCAAAAACCUACUAAAUGAGUCCAGCAGAAAGAUAAACCAUAGUCUAAUAAUCCUCCUAGUCUCCAAGGCAGCAGGAUUCAACACUCAAGAUUUCACUGAAGAUGAAUAUGACUCAGGAAUACUGCACUCUCAACGAACGAUGGCUGAGAUACUUGAGUUGCAAUCUGCCUGCCAUAUUAUGCACAAGGCCAUUGCCAAUCUACAGGAGAAAGAGAAGUUUGGAGAUAAAUACCAUGACCUACUUAAUGGAAACAAAGUCGUUCUUCUGGCAGGAGAUUACAUACUCAGCAAGUCAUAUCUGCGUCAUGGUGGUUUGCGCAACACCGAAGUGUCCGAGCUGAUUUUCAGUUGCCUAAGGGACCAGAUCGAAGGAAAGUUCCUGGGCGAACGCGGGAUAGAUGACAAACCCAUACCUUCUAAGCCAAAAGUAACCCAAGAGGUUAGACGUUACGACUGGGAGAACGAGUGCAACUUGGAGAAGCUCGGCAGCAACGACUACCUUGGACAAGGAAAAGAGGAGUGGAUACUCCGCACAAUGCUGUUGUCGGGCAGCAUUCUCGGGAAAGGUUGCGAGGCCGCCAUGAAGCUAGCUCGCCGAGGAGAAAUAGAAAGAGACGCUUACAAAUUUGGAGGACAUUUCGCUCUGUUAUCGCAACUGUAUCUAAACAUAUCUGACUUCUUUACUAAUCCGAAAUCUAACUAUUCGCUGGUGAGCGCACCGGUUAUCAUGGCUCUUUGGGAAUAUCCCUCGGUCUACGAUCAGUUAAUGAUGUCACAGCGGCCUGUGAAUUUGAAUGAGCUAAACCAUGCGGUGAGCAGCACUCGUUGUAUGGACGCACUAUCCAGUCUUUUAAAUGAGGAGCUUAGCGCCGUCGUGAAAUGCAGUGAUCGGAUGCCGAUACAUGACGCUCGCGAAGCGUUGCAGAACAUUGCUAGGGCGCUCUAUGGAGAAGCAAUGAAGAUUAUAGAAAAAAAUAUUAAUAAACGAUAAUCAGUACAAAUAAACAAUUUAAACGAUAUCGCGUAUUAUUUUAACGUAAGUCAUAAAAAGUUGUUGUUCCCGUGUAGCAAUAAUACGCGCGGAAUUAAAAUUACGAACUUGAUCGGUUGAAACGCUUUUCAAAGAAUUUCUCAUAUGUAUAAGUGAAUAAAUAAAAAAUGUAUAAAUAUCAUGAUUACCAAUAAAUUAUUCGGCCAGAUUUUUUUGGGUGUGAGCAAGAACUUAUUGAAAAUACUACUU